UUCCAGAAUUCCCAGAUGCCUUGAAAGCACCAUGUGUAAGAAGCAGGAGCAGGCUGAUCUGUGUGUGACAUCACUGCGCACCACACCCCUCUUUUUGCUUAUAAAGACAGACGGUUCACUGCUUCAAACACCAAAUCUAGCCGAAGUGGUUGGUUGAGAAGGUGGAUCUUAAGUACAACUGCAAUCACCAAUGAUCAUGGCACCCGCUGGAGCUAAGAGGAACAUUCUGGAGCGCCUGGAUGCAGGCGAAAUUGUCAUCGGGGAUGGGGGCUUCGUCUUCGCCCUGGAGAAGAGGGGAUACGUGAAGGCGGGUCCCUGGACUCCUGAGGCCGCCGCAGAGCAUCCUGAGGCUGUGCGACAGCUGCACCGUGAGUUCCUGCGGGCGGGGUCAAAUGUCAUGCAGACUUUCACCUUCUACGCCAGCGACGAUAAGCUGGAGAACAGGGGUAAUGCUCAGCGCUUCACAGGUGCGCAAAUCAACGAGGCUGCCUGUGACCUGGCCAGAGAGGUGGCCAAUGAGGGUGACGCGAUGGUGGCAGGUGGGGUCUCCCAGACCCCCUCUUACCUGAGCUGCAAGAGCGAGGCCGAGGUCAAGGGUAUCUUCAAGAGGCAGCUCAAUGUCUUUGUCAAGAAGAAUGUGGAUUUCAUGAUUGCAGAGUACUUUGAGCAUGUGGAGGAGGCAGAGUGGGCCGUGCAGGUGCUGAAAACCUCCGGGAAGCCAGUAUGUGCCUCCUUGUGCAUCGGCCCUGAUGGAGACCUCAACGGCGUCAGCCCUGGGGAUUGUGCUGUCAGGCUGGUCAAAGCUGGAGCCAAUAUUGUUGGCAUCAACUGCCACUUUGACCCCAUGAUCUGUGUGAAGACUGUGAAGAUGAUGAAAGAGGGAGUGGAGAGGGCAGGGCUGAAGGCCCAUUACAUGGUGCAGCCUCUGGCCUACCACACGCCUGACUGCAACUGCCAGGGAUUCAUCGACCUGCCAGAAUUCCCCUUCGGUCUGGAGCCCAGGAUUCUGACCAGGUGGGACAUGCACAAGUACGCCAGAGAGGCCUUCAACGUUGGCAUCCGUUUCAUCGGUGGCUGCUGCGGCUUCGAGCCCUACCACAUCAGGGCUGUAGCUGAGGAGCUGGCCACAGAGAGAGGCUUCCUGCCCGCUGCCUCCGUCAAGCACGGCAGCUGGGGUGCUGGCUUGGAGAUGCACACCAAGCCCUGGGUCCGCGCCAGGGCCCGCCGUGACUACUGGGAGAAGCUGAAGCCAGCAUCCGGCCGUCCCAAGUGUCCGUCCAUGUCCACCCCUGACAGCUGGGGUGUCACCAAAGGCCAUGCCGACCUGAUGCAGCACAAGGAGGCCACCAGCAUGGACGAGCUCAAGCCCCUGUUUGAGAAGGCAAAGGCCAGCCACUGAGCAUUCCUCCUGGGCUAGGAGGGAGGUGGAGCCCCUGGAGGAAAACCAGCCAGGAGGACGCUGUUCUCUACUCGUGGUAGGUGUAUUGUGUGAGAAAGGCAGAGGGAAGAGCUCACACAUAUUCCAAGUUUACAUACCAACAAUUAUCAGAAAGUCUUAUUCUCCUGAUUUCUAGGACCAUCUUUUUGUCAAACAAAAGUUAUUUUUCUUGUCAUUUAGAUUUGCACCACCUGUACAUAGUGUAGCACCAUCGUAUACUCUUCUGUAAUAAUUGUGAAGUAACAUGUUAUAGAUUUCUCAUUUCUAACUUGAUAUGUGCUUUACUUGGACAGAAUGUUACAGGAGUCAUCAAGCCAGUGAUGCGUAGUGUUAGUGAAACAAACUAAAAAGAUGCUGUCGUGUCCACACGUCUACAGAGUGUGCUGUUGAACUGGGGUGUAGUCAUUACGCAGAGUCUGUUGCAAAACAUUUAGCAACAACUGUUUACUCCAAACAACAUUUAGCAACAAAACAAUUUCUAUUGGACAAAUUCAGUUAGGUUUUGUUCUGCUUGCUUCAUCAUUUUUUUUUUAAAACAGUUUCUGUUGCAAGAGAUAAUGAAUACAUACCUGGUGCAAUCGAAACCUAAGCUUUUAAAGUGUUAACAAAACUACUGUGAACACAAUGUUAGCUAUGGUGAAGAAUGUAGCCUAGUUCUGAACACAAAAUCUUGUGCCAAAUAUUGUCUUACCAAAUGGAAGUAUUGCCUUAAAUACUGUUUUAUUUAAUAAACUUCCACGUGACCUUAA